UUUCAGCCAGCACACAAGAAUUUUUCUCACGCCAGAAUUUUACGCCACGAAUUCCAGUUAAUUUGGCGUAUCCAGGUGCCAUUUCCGGUACAGGAAGGUAUCCCAUUGACACCGGAAGGCGUACGCAUUUGAGUGUGCUGCUUUAAUAAGCCCUAAGGUGCUUAAAAAGUGAAAAGUGAUUGUCCCGGGAUCGUUCCGUGUGAGGAAGGCGAAAACUGAAGCUGAAAAAAUACACAAGAAAGAUGGCGCCCGUGGCCAGUUUUGGGAGCGGACAGAAAACAUUAAAUCGCAGUAGCUGGCUUUGAAUUUCGGUUAUUUGGAGUUGAUAUUUCAAAUUCAUUUGAUACAAACUUAUUCCAAGUGCGCGAAUAAGAUGAGUGAGUGAUUUGGGUUUGUGCAGCUGAAAAAUGCCAAUUUCACCCCAAGCGCUGAAUAAAAAAUAGCGAGGAACAGUAAGGAAAAAAAAUCGAUCGAUUGCGCAAAGUGAAGUUUUGUUUUUGUUGACAAUCGUUCUGAAGUGCGGGAAAAAUUAGCACGAAACCGCCGGCAUUAUUUUUGUUUAUUCCAACGUUCGAUCGCAAAAGAUGUCCAGUUCGGUGUUUAAAAUCUACCCGACGUCUUCAGCUUCGACAGGGGCAGAUGAUUUGUCCAAUUUUAUUGAGAAAGAACGGUCGUCUGUCGCAGAACCGUCUGGAAGCGGAGAAACAUUGAACGAUUCGAUAACUGGGGAAACGGAAGGAAUUCCAGCUGGACCAGAACCGGAUCAUCUUAAAGUGGAUUCCAAUCUUGUCAUCGUUGUCGGGAAGGAUGGGAGCGUUCAUGUCGAUCAGAAGACGUUACACAGCUUGUUAGCUAACGAAACCACGGAUACUUCGGUUAGUGUGGUGCGUAUCACGUCUCCAACACCGAGUAUUGAAGAGGAAAUUGAAGAGGAGCGAAAGCAAAUACAAGAACAGAAGCUGCAGGCAGAACUAGAAGCAGCAGGAGCCGCAUCGAAUGAGAAUUCUAAUGAUGCACCCGAAUCGGCCUCGACCGGAUCAUCGCAAGUCGUUCCAAGCACAUCAACCAAGGGAGAUUCCUUAGCAGCUAGUUCGAGUGCGGCUUUAAAUACCGGAGGGAUGUCCACUCGUCGAAACAAACAGACAGCCAAGAAGGAGGAUGUAAUGCUGGAUGAUGGAGAAACACCGCAUGUCAGUUUGAUGGUGGAAGGAUUUUAUCCUCCAGCGGAGGCCAAAAAGUUUGCCGAAGAAGUAUUGACAUUGGCAGGUUUGCGCAAACCAUUAGCAGUGAAUACCGAAGUCGAUUACGAAUUUUGGCGCUAUGUGGUGGCUAAUGAUCACUGUUAUACACCGUUGACUUCUCCCAGUCAGAAAUUGCCCCCGAGGUCAUACUUCGAGGAGCAGGAUUCGUCCAAUGAAACACCUUCUGGUGAUUCAUCAUCUGCUGUGCAACAAACAGAGGAAGGUGCUAGCGGAACGUCGAGAAAGAGAACAGCAAGUAAGAUCUUUUCUCCAGCAGUCACGUCAACUUCCAAGGUGCGUCAGAAAAAGUCCAAAGAAGGUACAACUGAUGCGGAGGAUCUGCAAAGCAUUUUGGAAGAUUCCGAUUCGGAGUAUUCCGAAGAAGAGAGCUCUUAUUCGGAUGGAAAUGAUAACGAUAGCGACCUUGACUUCAGCAUUGGAGGAAAAUCUAAAAAGAGAAAAUCAAGCUCGAGUAAUCGAUCUCGUUCUAAAAGCACUAGCAAGCGUGACUCUAUCUCGCAGGAUUUGAAAGACUCAAGAAAGGUCAUAAAAUCGCCCAAAAAAGUGGAACCCAAACAGAUCUCACCAGUUUCGAAUUUAACCAAAUCUGUGGUACCAAAAACAUACGGCUCGAAGAAGGAAGUAAGCAGGUCACAAGUAAUUCGACCAACCGUUUUAGCUAACCCCGUCGUAGUGACUCAAGUCGCUCCUACUCCGGUGGUUAUGCAAGCUCAGCCCUCAGCCGUACAGGCGAUUAAAAAGGAUAAAAAACCUGCCAAGCCAGCAGCCCACGUUGAGGCAUUGUUCACUGACAUGACUUCACUUUUUUCUACUCCAGAUAUUAUUAAAAAAGUCGGAAGCAAUCGUCCCGGACAACAAAUCAAUGUGGUUCCUGCUUCGACAUCGACAAUACCUGCUGCAAUGCCUACGCCAAGUGUGAGAGGCUUUGUUCAGUUGGUUCCUGUAUCGGCUAAAAGCUCUCAAAAGCUUCCAGGUCACAUUUCUGUCGCAACACAUACCAGUGCUUCUGAAGAGCAAAACAAACGGUUGGAACUGAUCGACGCUCUAGUACAACACGAAUUGCCCCCACAGCAAUCGUCUUCUCAAUCCAAUAUGGCCGAGGAUAUUGUCAAAAUGUUGGAAAACAAUCUUCCCACCGGUAACGAUUCAGAGCUGCCCAUCACUGAUAACAAUCUAUUGGCUGCGCUUGGGUCCAACGACGACGGUCUUCCUGAGGAUCUACUGCAACACGUGGCUGAGCUAGCAGAGAAUAAAGAACUUCAGGAGAUUCUUGAUAAACAAGUUCUUGGCGUGAUCGGUUCGGACAACACACUGUCAACAUCAGGACCAGUUCCAAUGGCUACUAGCUCUAUUAUGAAUCCCAUCAAUCCCGUUCCAACGCCAACAGUCAUCCAGCCGGUCGCAUCGAAUACGCUUACACCAAUGAAAACCGAUCCUGAAGGAUUACCAACGAUGACCGUGAAGGAACAAUUGAUGCCAAGGAAAGAAGCAAUACAAAUUCGUCGAAGCGAUGGUCGUGUUAUUACUCUUCCACCAAUAGAAGCACCUGCCACCAGAUCGGCCAAACGACGAGCACAGGCUGGAAGUACUCCCAUGGCCUCACCAGUCACACCAGCAUCCAACACCCCUAAAGUUGCUCCAAGUCCUAACGUAGGUCCAGCAUCCACACAGUCAGCUCAUCAAACGCCACUUUCUAGCAAGCAACACGUGAAGCAGUCGACGAAGAUGACCGUCGGAAUUACCUCCUAUGAUGAUGGUAGUGGAAGCUUACUGAUUGAUGAAUCCCGGGGUAAGGCAGCAGCAGGAGGAAGCCGCUCGUCCAGCCGCAGAACUUCGGUAUCGUCUACAGCAUCCGGUGCAGGCAGAGGAAAACGUCAGAGCAUACAAUCUGCUGCGGCUGUUGUUGCUGCCGUUGCCGAGGACGAUGCGGCCGAAUCGGACGAAAGCUGGAACUCGGAAGAUGAUCCCGAUAGACUGUGGUGCAUUUGUAAACAGCCGCAUAACAAUCGUUUCAUGAUUUGCUGUGAUGCGUGUGAGGAUUGGUUCCACGGAAAAUGUGUCAACAUUACUAAGGCAAUGGGUCAACAAAUGGAAGAGGACGGUAUCGAAUGGACUUGUCCGAACUGUUUGAAAAAGAAACAAGAAAAGCAGCAACCCAAAGUAACGCAGUAUUUGCUACCAACUAGCAUCAGCAAUACUAGUACAACGAGUGUCUCGGAAGUUGCAGAACGCUCGGUUGUUGGAGCUCGUUUGAACUCCCCCGUUGUUGCGACAAGUAGCGGCUGUGUCGUGUGUGGAAAAACGGCCCGGUCUAGUUCUGUGUACUGCAGCGACGAUUGCAUACGUAAACAUGCCGGAAUCAGCAAACCCUCGGGUGUCGCCGUUACUCCAAAGUUGGUUAAAGAUCAACCAAUAGACACUGGCAAAGCUAUUCAACCCGUGGUUAUAAAAUCCCCCGCGAAAAGUGGCCCUAUUAUUGUUAUGGAGCGUAAAACAGGUCGAUGUUUAACUGGGAAAAACGCGCCUACAGCUGCAAAUUUGAAAGUAUGGCUUCUAAGUCACCCCACCUUCGAAGUUGUUCCUCCGGGAAGCCCACAGGCUGCCAUUAUUCUGGCCAAGCAAGCUGAAGUACGUCGCCUGCAAAUGGCCAAGGAAGCGCAGAAAAAAUCUGCUGUUGUUCCAGCUCAAAGUCCAACCACUGGCAAGGUUCAAACGCUUUUCAAAGUAAAUGAACAGAAGAAAAUAACGCUGACAACAUCAACCAGUCAACCAAAACAGCAAACUACGAAACCCUCUGUGAAACUGCCAUCAAAAUCACCAUCUACGCCUGUACUAUCGAAAUCCAUCCCGACGACUUCUACAUCAUCUCAGUUAUCAAAAUCAGCCAUCUCUACACCGAAAACCACCACCACAACUAUUGCGCCUAAGCAGCAGAAAAAAUCCUCGCCGGAACCUAAACCUGUUCCGGUUAAAGUUUCUACUGUGCCCGCUGGCGAAAAUAUUCGAGUUACGGUUAAGAAAACUCUGAAGGAACAAUUAAUUUUGCGUACAAUCGAGCAGACGAAUGACAAGGAUUCGGUCGGUGGACCCAAACUAACAGAGUCGGAGGUCGAGAAAUAUGUGGGCGAAAUCGAGAACGAAAUGUUUGCCCUCUUCAAUAAAGAUACAGGUUCCCGCUAUCGAGCCAAGUAUCGCUCACUGCUGUUCAACAUUAAGGAUAGGAAAAACUUAUCCCUCUUCCAGAAGAUCAGUGAAAAACGGCUUGCGGCGAAAGAGUUGGUACGAAUGACGGCAGAAGAAUUGGCCAGUCAGGAAUUGGCUCAAUGGCGGGAGAAUGAAAACAAACACCAGCUCGAGAUGAUCAAAAAGUCCGAAUUGGAUUUACUUGCCUGUGCCAAGAACUACGUUCUGAAAACGCACAAAGGUGAAGAGGUGAUCGAAGGAAAAAUCAACGAGCGAGUUCAGCUGGACCCUACCACGGCCGUUGAAGAUGUGGUGGCUGUGUUGAACAAUUCAGCUGUAAGUAGCACCAGUGAGGUGGACAGCAACUUGUCGCCAUCGAAGGACAGUUACGGUCGAUCAUCAUCAAAGGAUUUCAGUUAUGGAAAAUAUUCAACUGGAAUCUAUGGAAGCGGCUCAAUCGGUAAUUCGCUGACGGCAGGAUCAAUCGCGACCACAACAAGUACUGUUACAACUACUUCAUCAACGUCCACUUCUUCCUCGUCUACGAAGAAGAAAGAAUCGCGAAGAAGUCGUAGCAGAAGCCGAAGUCGUGAAAGGCGAAGGGAUUCUUCUAGAAGCCGAUCAAAACACAAGCGAAGACGCAGUCGCAGUCGUAGUCGACAUGGCAGCAGAGAUCGUGAACGUGAUAAGGAGCGUCACAGGGAACAUAAAAAACAUGAUUCGAAGGAUUCCAAGGAAAAGGAAUUCAAAACUAAAGAAGAGGCUUCUUCGAGUGUUGCCCUCGAAAAGGACAAAAACGAAGCUAUUGGGAAAACAAUCGAUGCUAAAAAACACCCUAAGCCUAAAUUGGAACAUAAACCACAAUCGUUGGAAAACUUUAACUUGGUGGAUCAAAUUUUGGGUUCCGUUGAUGGCAGUGGCGGAAAGUCGACGGAUCGUAAAGAUACGUCUGGUAGUGAUAAGAUAGUCUCGGCCGAUUCCAAAGAAACUUCUUCUCCAACAUCCGUAGAACAAGAUCAGGAGCCAACAAGCACUGUUACUAUUCCAACACCUCCGCAUUCCACUAACUUCGACAAUGAAUCUCCAACGACCGAUUUUUCUUCGCCUAGUACAAGCUUCGAUGAUCGGGAACAGAAAGCGCGUUUUGCCCAUUGGACCGGUAAUGUCCACAUGAUAGAUGUCGCAUCCGUCGAAAUGUCUAUUCGUGCCGUUAGCGGAGACAUUGAAGAAAUCGCCAAAGACUUUUCGGAAGAUUUGAAUAUCUGUGGAACGAUUAAACCCGAAAUAGUACUCGAUUACAUUGGUCAGAUUAAAAAAAGCGGAAGCAAAGAUAUUUGUCUCGUGCGGUUCCAUUCCAAUGAAAGUGCCGCAUAUUACACACUUUAUUCGCAUCUGUACAGUCGUAAGAGAUACAGCGUCAUCAAAUCCCCUACAGCUGCGGUUAAAGAUUUCUAUAUCUUCCCAUUGCCGUCGGAUGCCAAAAUCCCAAUGAUCCUUAAACCAUUGACUGGAAUUGGUAUCAUCGAAGGUGACAAGAAACCCGAUCUCCUUUUGGGAAUAAUCGUCAAGAUAAAAACCAAACGGAGCUCUACAGCAACUGACAGUAGUGCUAAUUUAUCCAAGGCGCUCCGCAAGCAACCAUCUAAAUCAUCCGGAAGCAGCUCGACAGCAGUUUCGCCAUCGUUUGCUCUCAUGCAGCAGGUGAUCACGAAAUAUGCUACUAUAAACAAAAACAAACCAACUGGAACCGUGCCUGAAAGUGCUGUUCCUUCUCCACCUCAGGCGGCGCAUGUAGCGUCAACGGAUACUCCUGUUACACCAGACGUCGAUCUUUCAAAAGAAACCCCCCGAUCAUCCUCAGGUUCACCUGAACAGAUCGACGUGGACAUGAACAUUAUCAAGGGACCGAUUGUUGCUAAAGCAGCGACAACCACUAUUAAGGAAACGAUUCCGGCGGUACCAAUCUCGGUAGUGAUCGACGAUGAUGAUGAACCUUACUCUCCUGGUGGCUCCAGCAACGACAGCGACAACUUUGCUGAUGUCACUGCUAUUGUGGAAAACAAGUCCGAUUCGGGUUUGGAUAGCGAGGCGGAACGAAUUCGGCGAGAGAUGGAAGAGAUCAAUCGCAAAAUAGCCGAAGAAAAAAAUGAAAUCGUAGGCCUCAUAAGCAAGGCUGACCUGAAAGAGGACGAAAUCAAAUCAACACUGCCACCGUCAUUGAUCACGGACAUUUCGAUCCCGUCAAAUCUUUCAGAAAUUCUUGCCAGUAUUAAAGGUGUACCGGGACCCGAUUCUUCCAAAAUUGCAAGUAGCGGGAGUAAGAAUAUAGAAGCAGCAGAAGAAGAUGAAUACAUCCCAUCGGGAUCUUCUGUUUUUUCAAGUUAUAAACCCAGCUACAGUUAUGGGAAAUCAAACUCUCCCACAAUCUCCAAAUCGGAGAGCAGCGAGGGUACAAGCAAGUUAGCAAAACUGACCGAGGAAGAACUCCUUAGUAUGGUUCCGGAUGAUAGCUAUCUCCAACCUCCUUCUUCCUCAAAUACUCGUAGCAAACCAAUAGAAGACUCCGGUCCAGUUGCGAAAAAAUCUCGUUUUGAUUCUAGCGAACCUCCACCGCCCGGCAUGGAGGACGAAGUUAAUUAAGAUAAACUAAAAUUUAUUGAUCAAUGAUAAUGGUAUUUAUAGAUAAAUAUCAAGAAGACGCAUGAAUAUAUUCGUAGAAGAGAUUGAUUUUAAAAAUUAACUCUUUAAAUUGCUUUUGAGAACACGCUUUCGACUAACGUGCAAAUAUUAGAAAAGCAGAAUUCUCUGUUUUAUGUUUAUAAUUUGCGCUCUAAGUUAUUAAACUAUUUAAUAAAAAUCUGAACCGUUAAUAGAUUUGUAAAUAGCAAUUCACAAAAUGAAAACAAUUAGCUCUAACAUUCAUCUGUCUGAUACUUUCGUUCUAUUCCCAAAUAUGUGCUUGAUCUUAGACAGAAGAAGGAAAAUCAUAUUUGAUUCCAGAAACAUAGGUUAUUUGAACAUGAAUUAUCUCAUCCAUUUGCAUCAAGCUUCAUGUGUACAUUCAAACUCCCCAGUUCGCAAUACUCUAGUUUCUAAAAGAACAUGGUUGUAAAAAAUUGUUGAAUUGUAGUAAAUUAUAACCAAUUAAAAGCAUUUAUUUAUGUAAAAUGCACCACAACACUCUCUCUAUGGAGUAAAAGAAAACAUAAUUUUGUUAAAAAAAAAAUCUUUUUUUUGAUAUUAUAAAAUUUUUGUAAAUAAUUGAAGUCGAGGAAGCAACUCCUUCACAUUAUGUGUACAAAUUUUGCAUAGCAAUAGGUUCUAUAAUAUAGAGUAAAAAUUAAACUUAAUGUUUUAUAUGUUCGAAUAAAAGUAUAUACCAACAUAUAUGAAAAAUAUUGGAACUAUGGCAGUGUCGCUACGGUACAGAAUAAAUGGCUUAAAAGUAAAAAUCA